AUGCUAACUACAACCAGUAUAGAUGAGAUCAAUUUACGCCGACUUUUGAUUAGUUGUGAAAAAAAACUUAAAGAACAAUCUAUUGAGUUGUGGACAGCAUCCGAGAAGAGAAAAUAUGCAGCUGUAAGAUCAAUAAUUCAACUUGUACACACGAUUUCCUUCCAAUUGUCAUGCAUAACAUCAACCCUUCAACUAAGCAAUUCUGUUUAUUCAUGUCUUAUAGUAUGUGAACCAUCUGACAGAAUUGGAACAAAGUUUAAAACACAAGCAGUAAGUGAAAGACGUCGAUGA